AUGGCCAAAGAAGACUUUGUUGAAGAAAUCCUUACAGAUUCAACAUCAACAAAACAACAACCAAAUUUAAAACCAUGGUCAUUAUUACAAAAAUAUUCCAAAAAAUUAGAUUCUUUAGGUGUUGAAACUAGAGGUAUUGAACGUAUUCAACCAUGGGAAAGAUCAACAAAUAAAUGGACUCAAUUCAUAUCAGUCAUUGGAUUUUGGUUUAGUGCUGCAGGUGGUCUUUCAUCAAUGUCAACAUUUAUACUAAGUGCUACAUUAUUUGAAUUAAAUUUUAAACAAGCUUUAACAAGUGGUAUGAUUGCCCAAUUAUUAGGUUGUGCAAUUGCAGGUUAUUGUGCUACUAUGGGUCCAAGAUCCGGUUGUAGACAAAUGGUUACAGCUCGUUAUCUUUUCGGAUGGUGGUUUGUUAAAUUUGUUGCAUUGAUUGGAUGUCUUGGUGUUGUUGGUUGGUCAAUUGUUAAUUGUGUUGUUGGUGGACAAAUUUUAGCAAGUGUAUCAAAUGAUAAAGUUCCUUUAUAUAUUGGGAUUGUUAUAGUGGCUAUCCUGAGUUUUAUGGUUGCAAUUUUUGGUAUUAAACAAUUAUUAAGAGUGGAAAAAUUUAUUGCUAUACCUGUUACAAUUGCAUUUGUAUUAUUAUACAUUUCAUCAUCAAAUAAAUUCCAUCUUUUACAAACAUUUGAUAAUUCAGAAAUUGCUUCACAAACUUUAAAGGGUAAUUAUUUAUCAUUUUUUUCAUUAGCUUAUGCUGUCACGGGGACAUGGGGUACUAUUACAUCAGAUUAUUAUAUUUUAUUCCCAGAAACAACACCAUCAUAUCAAGUUUUCCUAUUGACAUUCUUGGGUAUUGGUAUUCCAACUACAUUUGUUGGUAUUUUGGGGACAUGUUUAAGUGUUUUAGCAAUGGUUGAACCAGGUUUUGAAACUGCAUAUGAAGAUCAUGGUAUGGGUGGUCUUUUACAUCAAGGUUUUAGUCGUUGGAAUGGAUUUGGUAAAUUUUGUACAAUAAUUUUAUUAUUAUCAUUAAUUGCAAAUAAUAUUAUAAAUACUUAUUCUGCUGCAUUUUCAUUACAAUUAACUGCAGUUUGGUUUGCUAAAAUUCCAAGAUGGUUAUGGGCUAUUAUUAUAACUGCAGUUUAUUUAGUUUGUGCACUUGUGGGGAGAGAUCAUUUUAGUACUAUUUUGGGGAAUUUCUUACCAAUGAUUGGUUAUUGGAUUUCAAUGUAUUUUAUAAUGUUAUUAGAAGAGAACACAAUUUUUAGAAAAUUUUUUUUACAUUUAUAUAUAAAAGAAUUUCCUGUUAAUGAAGAAGAAAAAAUUGCAAAUUCAAGUCAUAAUGUUGAAAAAGUUCCACUUGGUUUAAGAUCUCGUAAACAAAAUUAUAAUUGGGAUGCAUGGAAUAAUUAUGGUGUUUUAACACAUGGGUAUGCUGCAUUUAUAGCAUUUUUAUGUGGUGUUGUUGGUGCAGUUCUUGGUAUGGCUCAAGCUUAUUAUAUUGGAGUUAUUGCUAGAAAUUUUGGUGAAUUUGGUGGUGAUUUAGCAAUGUGGUUAACUAUGGGGAUUUCAGGGAUUGUUUAUCCACCUUUAAGAUAUUUAGAAUUAAAGAAAUGUGGUCGUUAA